GAGAGGCUGCCAAAUGCCGCUUGAUUCCCCAAAGUAUUUUAAUCAUACCUUUGGCUAAAGCGACACAGAUGCAAAACAACAAAUGCAUCUUACAGGUUUAUGAUCGUUUCUGAGAAGGCUUAUUUGACGUCGGGCCUGUUUAAUUUUGACCGAGGUUUGAGUGAGCGAUGCUAUUUCUUUUGCAACGCUGCGAAUUCGGGAUUCAUGGAGUUGAGUUUGAAGCUAAAAGUGCAUGUAUUUUGUUUUCUACAAUAUGAUCAUGAACCUCCUACGGCGUUGUAAACAGGGAUGGGCACGCAGUUUUGAAAUUCAUCGCCAUGCAACCCAAGGUAUUCAUGGGACGCUACAAAGUCCCCAGAAGAUCCAUACAAGCCUCCCGACCAUCCUCCACAAUCUGCAAUUGUGAAUGCAAGAUUGAGUUUAUUUGAUACAUACUGACACAGACAUUGUUAGCUCUAUCAUGGUAUUUGAAAGAUUAAUAUAAAGCCAUCAGGAAACGCUGAUUGAUUGAUGCCUGCAUGAAAAGUUGCCAGUAUCAGCAUGGCUGUUGGUGAUGAUGUCUGACCAGGCCUAAAAUGCCAGAAUGCCAAUUUCCCAGGACAAUGCCCUCAGCAUCCUUUCACUUCUCAAGGAGUGGCUUGGAGCUCAUGCCGACAGAUCUCACCAGAAGGAUGUCUUGAAUCUGGAAACUUGCGUCAUCAAGGCCUGUGACCAGAAUGGGGAUACAGAACAAGGAUGCAGUAGCAGUAACAUUAAGAAACAUGUGGAGAACUUAUCCCUGUGUCUGUCCGCCAUUCAGAAACUAGUUGAAUACAUAAAGUUCAACUUCAUAGAGGAUUACGAAGCUUCAUCAGCCGAGCUGUCAUCCUACAACGAAGGCACAGAUGUUGAGGUUCAUGCUAUUUCAAUCCAGAAAAAUGAAGGUGACCCAUCAGAUUUUGGUCUUAGCUUUGGAAACAUCCCAAUUUUUGGAGAUCCUGAUGGAAGAAAAAAAGGUGGACCAAGGAGGAGAAGAGACCAGAGUCCCAUCAUGCAUGUGGGAUGCAUUUGGGUGACUGAAGUGAGAAAGGGAAGCCCAGCAGCAUGCUGUGGCAAAAUUAAACUGAGAGAUGAACUGUUAUCACUGAAUGGACAACUCAUGGUGGGAGUGGAUGUCAGUGGAGCCAGUUAUUUGGCUGAUCAGUGCUGGAAUGGAGGCUAUAUUUACCUUGUUCUGUUGCGGCGUGUAAAGCGAAAAGCUCCUCUCCCUCCCCAUGAUGUUGAUGGCUGCUCAAGUUCUUCCAUCAGUUAUGACUGCUGUGAUGACCAGCCACUUUGUAUACCUCCCACUGACUCCUUUGACAGUUCAGUAACGUGCAAACGGACACGCAAAUUUGGUGUCAUUUCACGGUCACCCUGCAAAAGAGAUGCCAACAGCGAUACUGACUCUGAAUUUCAGAGUUAUUGUAGUGACUUGAGCUCUAGCUUUGCAGAUGGAAUCUGCCCCUCAAAGGAAAAAACAAAACAUAUCUUCUCCACACGAAUGCCUACAGAGGAAGGUCAUGGCACCUUGCCUCAUUUCAAAGUUAAGCACCACCAACGCCGCAAUGGAGGAACCGCUACGCUGCCUUUAAGGAGUCACAGUCAAGUGUUGGAAAGCAAAAAAGAUUCUUUCUGCAGCCUACUCCCCAAUCAGCCAAAAGAGGGCUGCCACAUCUGGAAAAUGCACCUGGUUAAAGGUCAAGAGGGUCUGGGCAUACAGAUAACUGGGGGGCGCGGUUCUAAGCGCUCUCCUCAUGGUAUUAACAUCGCUCGUAUUGAGGAGGGAGGAACAAUUCACAGGGAUGGCCGUCUUCAAGCUGGUGAUGAGUUACUUAUGAUUAAUGGUCAGUCACUAGUGGGCCUUACUCAUCAAGAGGCUGUUAGCAUCCUCCGCGCUUCCACUGGUCUUGUCCAGCUCGUCGUUGCCAGCCGGGAGGAAUCUGAUGUAGGUUUCCAACAGCAUCCAUCCACAAGUUUGCCCGAUCUGUUGACCAACCUGGAGAAACUAGAGGACACAUACCAGAAAGAGGCAGUCAGAGGAUCUUGUUGCAGUCCUGCAGCCACAAAGCUUUGCAGUCAAUCGCAGGGCGGAAGUUGCCGCUUGGAGUCAGUUGGUGAAGACGAUGAGCUCUCUGUGGAGAACGGUGUAAGCCGUUGCGACGUUGUGGAGAAGGCCUCAAAGCCAGGCAGACGUAAACACUCUUUACCACAACAGCUAGAUGCUGCUGGAGAAAGACAGGAAUAUCAGAUCAUUAAGAAAUCAGCACGUUCGUUAAGCACCGUUCAAGUGGAAUCACCAUGGCGACUUGCACAGCCAUCAAUUAUCUCCAGCAUAGUACUGAUGAAAGGCCAGGGGAAGGGUCUAGGAUUCAGUAUUGUUGGUGGUCAGGAUUCAGCUCGUGGUCAAAUGGGAAUUUUUGUGAAGACAAUUUUCUCCCAUGGUGCUGCAGCUGCUGAUGGACGCCUAAAAGAGGGAGAUGAGAUCCUAGAGGUAAACGGAGAGUCUCUCCAAGGACUGACACAUCAACAAGCCAUCCAGGCUUUCAAGCAACUCAAAAAAGGUGUUGUGACGCUGACAAUUCGAACUCGCCUGCGGAGCCCUAGUCUUACACCCUGUGCAACCCCAAGUGUGCGGAGCCGGUCCAGCUCACCUAACUCUAACACCAGUGAGGGAACACCGGUUCCCUUUGGAGCUGAUGAGACUGAUAGUCAAAGGAGUUCCGGUCCUGGUCCAAAAGACUGCAUCAUCAUGGAGGUCACACUUGAUAAAGAGCCUGGUGUUGGCCUGGGGAUUGGAGUUUGUUUUCUCACCCCAGAAAACUCUGCUCCUGGCAUCUACAUCCAUAGCCUUGCACUGGGAUCUGUUGCCAAAAUGGAUGGCAGGCUGAGCCGGGGAGAUCAGAUACUGGAGGUGGAUUCAGUCAGUCUUCGUUUUGCUGCUCUCAGUGAAGCUUAUGCCAUUCUCAGUGAAUGCGGCCCUGGACCUGUCAGUCUCAUUAUUAGCCGGCACCCUAAUCCAAAAGUAUCAGAGCAAGAGAUGGAUCAUUUCAUAGCUCAAUCCACACACAAGGGCAAAAUGCACAAGAGGCAUUCGUCUCAUUCCCAAGCAGGCGUUUCCUGUAAAAGCGAUGGAUCUCCUGCUCUUAGCUGGACCAUGAAGAGAUUUCUUGAGCCGGCAAGUAGGCAGGGGUCUCUAAGCUCAGAAAAAGAGUUAUCACAGUACUUCUCGUCAGAUGUCUCCAGCCAAUCGAACCUGACUAAAUCAUUGGGCUCAAAUAUGGACGAGGCACACUAUCAAAGCAGUAACAUCCCUGUGGAUGAUGUAGCAUCACAGCUUCCAGGAACCCCUACUUCUGGAACUGAAUUGGAAUGUGACACUCUGUACAAUGCAUUACAAGACAAGACCUAUGUCCUAUCCAGUCAUUCCAAGAAUGCAGUCAACUUGCCCACUGUUGUGUCUGAUCCCACCUCAGCACAAAGCCCACUUCUCCAUCAGCGAGGAGUAAUUCAUAAUGAAGAUAAGAUAGGAAAACAUGAGGACUCGUCAACAGGCGUUGCUGCAUUAUCACUGGAUGGAGAUGAAGAUGGUAACUUCUGGGGCGAAAUACAGUCAAGUGUGUGCAAUAAUGCGGCAAUACCGCAAUCUAGUGGUUGCAAGGAAGGCUAUACAAAUAGCUAUGAAUUACCUGGUGCUGAGUCUCCCUUUAUGCCUAUCCGCUGUCCUUUAAAGCAGAAAGUAGUGGAAAGAGAUGAACACAUAUUGCAGGAUCCCACAAACACCAAAGAUAAAGCAGCGACACUGGUUAAUAGCGUGUCAUGUCCUGAAGCUGCAAAUUUUACUGAGCAGCAAAACAACGGUGGCAGUGGGCCUUCAUCAAGUGUAAACAACACAAUGCCUUCAAGAGACCAUAUAGAUGAUCAGCAACAUCCAAAGGGAGCUGAAAAUGAGAUGUUUGGUAUUUGUACUGUUGAGACAGUGACUCUUACAAGAAAUAAGGAUGAAUCCUUUGGGCUGGACCUGGAAAUUAUAUCAUCCCCUCUUAAAGUUGUCAUCAAUGGGUUAAAGCCUGGAGGUGCAGCAGAAAGGGAAUCAAAAGGAGUAUUGUGUCCGGGUGACGAGAUUGUAACUAUUGCUGAAAAACUGGUGAGCUCCUGUAGCUACCAGGAAUUAUGUGAACUAAUGCACAACCUUCCCACAACAAUGUCUUUGGAAGUUAAGAAACCUGUUUCAGGUGUAGAUGGGCUUUCCGCAUUGACAGAGUUCUCUGGAAGAAGUGACAGAGUCGCCAGACACAACCCAGACAUUUCGGAAGUAUUACAUGCCAAGAUAGUUCAAUCUGAAGACAAACCCCAAAUAAACAAUGACUGUCCAACUCCAGUCACCAACAUUGAUGAUAUUAUAUCAGAAAUGAUCCUUCUUAGUGAUUCUGCACAUUCCACCUGCAGCACCACACCUCAAGAAAGCGUACCUGACAAAGAUGACUCUCAGGUUCAAAUCCUUUUAAAUUCACAAGAUUCUCCUGUAGCGGAUACAGGAAACGAACAUGGGAGUCCUGCACAUGUGAACCCGCUUUGUGAAAACGACUCUUCCAUUGCAACAGAAUUACGCCCAGAAACUCUUAAUGCUGAGGGGAAACACUCCGAAGGACUUCAAGACAGCAAUUCCAAUGAUGACUUGACACAAAAGAAUGUCAAACUCGUUAAAUUCGCCAAUGUCAGUCAUAAUUUGUGUGAGCCAUCCUUAAAUGGGAAGACAGUAGAACAUAAUUGCUGUAACAACAAAAUAUCUGUUGACGAUGGAGAUGUACAUGUCAGCACUUCACCUAAUGGAUCUUUGGAAUCACACCAUGCUAGCCAAAACAAAAACCUAGAUAAGAAAAACGAUAUGCUUAUCAGUUCUUCAGACUUCAUCAAUAAUAAAUGCUCAAUGAUUUCCCAAUCAAUGGGCAUCUCAGCCACAGAGAAGCCAUGCCUGCCGUCACUUGCAUCGUCACCAGUUGGGUAUCACAAUGCUGCCACUGACCUCGACACGGACAAACUUGAGGAUUCUGAGGCAAACAAUGCUAGAAGCCUUUGUAUUCAUAGAACCCUUUCCCCACUUGAUUACAGUAUCAACCGCGAAAGCCCUACAAUGUCUGAUGGUGCCUUGCUCAACUCUGAUAAAGCACAAACAUCUGAAUUUACAUCAGUGAGAAAUACCUACAGUACUACCACUUAUAGAUCCACAGACACAUCACCUACAGUACAGUCAAAAACGAUAACAAACAAAGAAAAAAACUUGGAGGUUAGACCAAACUUAAACCAAAGUAUAAGCCCCAUUACAAUGCAUCAUGGUCCAAAUUAUGAUAAAUUUCACAUUGAAACUCAGAUCCCACCUGGCAGUAGCCUUAAACUAAAGGGUCUAAGAAUAAAGAGUAAGAACGCCAGAGUAGAAACAUUGCAAAAUCACGCCAAAAGUGAAACUACACUUGUUUCAUCAAGCAAUAAAAAUGAAUUGUUCAACCAGUCUACAAACCUAGUGGCAGAAAAAACAUUGACGCCCAUUCUGAAAGUCAAAAACACACUUAACAAGAACAGUGUUGCCUUAUCUACAUUUAGUGUAAGAAAGACUGCAGAUGAUUCAUCAGAUGACAUAUUUGGAACUGUUCUUUCCAACAAAAAAAACAUCAAUUUAGAUACUAAAACAAUAUCGAACCCAAAUACAUUAUCUCACUCGCCUGCUACUCAAAGAACAUUUAUCGAAGUUCAGUUGUCUUCGUUAUCUGGGAUGUCACCUGUCAGGGCAAAAAAGUUGACAGCAGAGGUACAAAAUUCAGCAGCAACUCAAAAAGGCACAGAUUCAAGAGCAAAUCUUGUACUACCAACUUGUAACUCCAUUGUAGAGACAGCAACUGUAAUUGACAAAAGACCAAGUAAUGACCUGAAAACUAACAAGGAAACAAUUGAAAACUCAAAGUCCAGGACAUCAAAACUUUACAAGAAGACAAUACUGAGGCGAAGUUUUGUCGCAGAUACUCCCUUUUCUGUGGACUACAAUCCCUUCUCUGUCCAACACAAGAUUAAGUCCUUUGAAAAUCUGGCUCUCUUCGACAAACCUCUGUCUAAAAGUAGUGACAUUCAGGCAUACACUUCAGCAUACAGGGCCUCACUCAACCAAAGGAUUGCAGGCUAUAUGGGCUUAAUAAAAUGUUCUGACGACAGAGUACAACACCACCGUUUUAGCUCCUAUGAAGACAGUUUAUUGUCUACCAGAUCCUGCUCAUCACAGAAAUCACAGUCAAGCAUCGCGUUAAAAAAUCUUGAACCUCCAUGUGCUAGCUCCACUGGUGGCUCCCUGACUAAGAACAGUCUCAUCUCUGAAGUACUGAACAUUCCCGAUGUUGCACCUGAGACCCCGCCAGUGGUGCGUAGAAAAAACGCCAGACUUUUCCGCAAUCAGUUGCGGCAAUCCAGAGCUCUCAGCAUGCCUGAAUUGGGAAAACUAUUCACAAGUGACAUGUUGACCAGAAUAGAUGGUUCAGCUGAUGAACCUGAGCACACCAUCCCUUCCACUGCCCCAGAGACUGUCUGCUCUUCAUCGCCUUCACUCCAAACAAAAGUAGAGAUGACAAAAAGGAACCAAAGAAACACUGGAUCCACUGAUGAAACAACUGAGAGAACCAUCCUUAAACAAUCUCAACAGACUGAACACUCUUGGAGCAUCAGGUUAAAAGAGCUAAAUACUUCUCCUUCGAGUCAUUCAAAAUUGCAAGUGCUUCAGAUGGCCACAGCAAACACUCCUACUCUACUCCAGGAAACAAAUAAUUCCAUAGAGGCUAACAGUCAGGCUCAGCUUGUGGUCCUUCACAAAGAGGAAGGCUCUGGACUUGGAUUUAGUAUUGCUGGUGGGAGUGACCUCGAGAACAAGACAAUCACUGUUCACAGAGUCUUCAGCAAAGGUGCAGCCAGCCGAGAGGGCACAAUUGUGAAAGGUGACAGAAUUGUUUCUAUAAAUGGCACAAGUCUGGAUGGUAAAACCCAUGGAGAGGCUGUUUCUUGCCUCCAUCAAGCUAAACUAUCCAAGCAAGCCUUAGUAGUUAUUUGCAGACAAGUGGUCAGUGAAAAGAAUCCACUUGAAAAGCUCGACUCAACCUGCCAGCCACCAAUGAGGUUAUCUUCUACCAAGAUGUCUUUGGAGAAAAGUACAGGUCCAAAUGGGGCUCUGAAAGUUGAGCUUCACAAGACAACUGCUGGUCUCGGUUUCAGCCUGGAUGGGGGGAAAUCCUCAAGUACUGGAGACAAGCCCCUUACUGUAAAACGCAUUUUUAAAGGGGGUGCUGCUGAUCUAUCUGGGGUACUAGAGGUUGGUGAUGAGGUCUUGUCAAUAAAUGGAUUCUCACUGGAAGGUCUCAUGCAUCAUGAUGCCUGGAAAAUAAUUAAAGAAACAAGUGAAGGGCCCAAUUACCUCGUCAUUCGCAAGUUGGGUGACCGGCUGUAAUUAUUUGAAGGAAAGACUCAAACCACUCGAAAAAAAAAUAAAGUUGUACAAAACAAAGUAGUAAAGAUAACGGCGUGGUCCUAAGUCUUACAAUUCUUUUUACAACUCAGUAUUGUUGCGUGAUUUUACAACAUACUGUCUCACCUGAUGGCCAAUGUUUGAAAGAUCAUUGUGUUUACAAUCUAAUUUUGAUCAGAAAUGUGAUUUUCCAAUAAAGUGUUGAUUUUAAAAGGUCAAGUAUUUUUAAGCAAUGCAUAUGUCCAGUCUAGGGUUUUACUUACUGUAACUGUUUUCCUUAUGUGUUUUGAGCUGUGCCAGAGAUAAGUCUUUUACCUGUAUCCCUUUAGGGUGAUGCAUGUUUGCUUGACAGCCACUUCAAUUGAUGAGUUAGACGCUGAAAACCCAUUGAAGAGGGGAAAAACGAGGAUCCAAUAGUAUCACUUAUUUUGUAGAUCGUCUGAGACGCUGCAUGGUCACUGGUUACUAUUGGUUAGUGUCGUAAACUCAGUUGUCAAGAAUUCUUUUUACUCUUAAUCCACUAAAUUAGAGAUCAUGACAACAUUACUUGCAAAUGAAACAAUUUUAAGACAUAUUUUCAUUUCAUAUGUACCAUUUAUGACAAAAUCUAGUCCUAUACAAUACACAACAUUCCAUUUCAUUUUUUUCUGGGACCCAUUUCUUGUAUAUAUUGACAUCAAUGGAGAAUGCUUUCAUAAACUUCAAAUCUGUACUGGACGCCAUUUUCCUCUUGCAGUCCCUGAGGUACUCCAGGAAAGCUGGAAGACAAAUGAAAUUUAUUGCACUUUGGAUGCUUUAAUCCAGGGGUGUCAAAUUUACGGCCCACGGGCUUGAAGCUGCCCGCCAGGGGGUCCAAUCCAGCCAAUGGGGUUAUUCUGCCUGACAGGCACUUUGUAGCGCAUGUAUACUGUACAUACAAAAUCACAUCUUUUUAUGUAUUUUGAAAUCGGCUCCGUAAAACCGUAGAUAUGCGAUUUGUGAGAUCAAGUGCGUGCACUGCACUUGGCUCACGUUUGUGUUAUUCGUUCAUUAGCCUCCUUCCAGUCAAUAUGGAGUGGACGUCUAGCACCGUCAAUGGCAGCCAAUGAGUUAACAAGGAAGUUAACCAAAAAUGCCCUAAAACCAACAGGAAGUCACAUCAAAUCAACAAGAAGUAACCAGGAAAUGCCCCAAAAUUAACAGGAAGUAGCCUGGAAAUGCCUGAAAAGUCAACAUUAAAUUAUCCAAAAUUUACAGGAAGUGACCCAUUAAAACGACAUCAAAAUGAUGCAAAAUGAACUCAAUGCCCAUCACAGACAACAGUAGACGCCCAAUUCACUUAUACUGGAAGGACUGACUGAAUGCUCAAUUUACAGUGCCACUGACGGCGCUCGACACCCAAUGCAUUUUGACUGGGAGGGGUGAAUGAACGGUAUUUCGAACAAACCUUCAUUCCCCACAGGUCAAAAUGGAUUGGACGUCGAGCGCCUUGAAUGGCAGCCAGUGAGUGAAUUUAUUUGGCAAAAAAUAAACUAGUCCGGCCCAUGUUAGCUCUCAUUGCUAUAAAUGUGGCCCGUGAACCAAAAUGAGUUUGACACCCCUGCCUUAAUCAAUUUCAAAUGAGCAUUUACUAUGAAUUAGGGCUGCAGCUAUCGAAUAUUUUAGUAAUCGAGUAUUCGAAUGAAAAUUCUAUCGAUUAAUCGGAUAAAACAUUUUUUAGGUAAAGAGAAUUAUAAAUUUACAUUAGAAAACAGGACAUUUCACCUAAGAUUGAACCAUUUUCAGACAAUCAAUGUCUUUAUUUUCGAUGUACAUUGUUGAAAACAGCCAACAAUUGCAUCUCUGACGUGACUAGAAAAAAAUAAUAAUAAUAAUUCACGGCUUACACUCAAAAAACUUCCAGAUCUUAUAUAUAUAUAUAUAUAUAUAUAUAUACUGUAUAUAUAUUUCUUACCAAAAAAUGUCAUUACGCUUACACACAUCACUUUAAAAGUUAGGUGUUUUCCCCACGUGUUUCAAUUGAAUUUCCAUUUGUGUCAAGCUAGUUUUAAGUUCUAGUUAAGUUUUCAGUUAGUCUAAAUUAUAAGUCCUGAUAGGAUUUUGUGUUUUUGCAGUGUUCAAAAUAGGGCUGCAGCUAUCGAUUAUUUUUGUAGUUGAUUAAUCGAUGAACUACUUAGUUCGAAUAAUCAAGUAAACGGAUAAGGAACAUAAAAAAAUGAAAAUACCUGAGCUGAGCCUCAAAAGGUAUAAAAAAAUAAAUGAGGAUCUAUGUAAAACAAAAAAACAAUUGGCUAACUUACAUAGCAAAAGUCCGCUACCUUAAAUGGUAUCAAAUGCUAACAUUUUUUUUUUACCAUGCUCUUAACAAAUGGUUCAAACACGUAUGCCCACAAAAAAACAGUUAAAUAUACCUAUAAACUAAAAUAGAAAUGCUUUGAAAAAAAACAUUAGCUCAAACAAAAACUUAGCUUAUGUUAGUCUUAACAGAGAGCAGUUGGAUUCAGCCAUGUGAAAUGAGGCACACUAGAGGGCAGGGUAUCUACCCAAAUCAAUACAACUAAAUGCAAACACUUUCGAAACAAAACAUUACAACGCCACUAUAAUUAAAUGAAUAUUCGAAGCAGCAAAUUUAAUUCGAAUCUUUUUUUUCCUAAUCGAAUACUCCAGUUAAUCGAUUAAUCGUUGCAGAACUACUAUGAAUUAGGACUUGCAUAUUGGCAAAAUUAGGGGUUCAAUAUCACAAAUUCAGCUCAUUUUUGUAAAGAAAUCUAAAUGUGUUAACACAAUUUUUGACGAUUUAAAAAGUGUUGGGAAGCUAAAGAAUAACAUGAAUUCUCCAUAAAUUUGUCAUGAAAUGUGAUCUCAUAUUAAUUUAACUAGGAAUAUUCUUAAUUACGACGAACAAUUUAGGCUUCCAUGCUUUUGACUGAGCACUACAUGCAAGGGUCAAAGUCAAAAAAAUAUAUAACUAUAAACCUUUGGACUUUUGACUGACUGAGCCUAUUUUGGCAGCAAAUAACUAAACACUUUCUACAGUUCUGCACAACUGUCAACACGAUUUUUUUGUGAAUAACAACUGAACUACUCCGGCUACUGAGUCUCCCAAAAACCAUCUUUUACAACAACCAUGUUAAACUUACCCAGGCAGCAGAUUGUACUCUUCUGGUCUGAGUUCAGGGAAGAAUGUAUCACAUGGAAACUGUUUUAGAACUUGUGUGAUAAAUAACCUUCUAGUGCCUUGGCUCUGCAUCAGUUCCUGCAAAUAUUAACCAAGCUAGUGUGAAUAAAAGGCAAUAAGACAACAUUUUACCAACGUUAACAUGUUUUAAAACUGGUAUUUUUUAAAACCUUUUUUUUAAAUGAACUGUUACCUUGUAGAGUGAGCUACCUCCUAUAACCCAGACCUGAUCAGCCCGCUCCGACAGCUCAGUGUCAAUCAGCCUGAGAGCUGAGCAAAAAUCAGAAGCCAGAUGAUGGGCUCCAGCAGGAGGAUCUCUGUAGGUCAAGCAAGAGUAUUGUUAAAGCACAGAAACAUACAUAAAAAUGCACUACAGAAAAACUUAAUUAUUGCACUUUAUCCUUCAAUAUUUGGAAAAGCCUUUACAUGUCUAUGGUGAACCUUCCUGGGCAUCUAAUCCCAUUUAAACACAAUCAAAAAUGAUUAAAUAAUUUAGCAAGCAUGUCUGUUUUCAAUGCAUGUUAUAUCGUUGCUUGAAAAAAUCAGCUGAAUUGAAAAUGUUCUAUUCCUUUUUUAAUACAAAUUACAAGUAAACAAUAUUAUGUCUACAACUGUGCCUCAACAAAAGUCAACUUGGGUAAAUAAACAUUUUGAGUAUAUGUGCGUGCAUGUCAGAACACUGGAGGACAUACUUGAGUUGUCGACUUAGGACAAUAUUGAUCCUAUUAUUCAAAGGUCUGUUUUUUUCUGGGAUCGAAAACCAUGUCUUCCUGCCCAUGAUCACCACAUUCUGCUUACCUGCAGAAGACAACAAAUCAGAUCAUGACUACAAACUUCAAGAUUGUAACUGGUGGCAUUCAGAGUGCCUGAUGCUACAUGAUAUAGCCUACAAAAUACUCCUGUGAUAUUAGCAGCUAUGAUCCCCCAGUUUCUCAAUCUCCGCUUGUUCAUGAAGGUCACUUGAACAUUACCUUCCACAGAUGCAGUCGUGGUCAUUUUCCGGAAGUAUUUGAAUUCUUCACUAGAAAAGGGGAAAAACAUUUGAGGA